GUUAGGGUUAGGGUUAGGGUUAGGGUUAGGGUUAGGGUUAGGGUUAGGGUUAGGGUUAGGGUUAUUUUUGUACUACCUCUUGGCGCCCGAGAAAAUACAUGGCUUCUAAAAAUAUACAAUUGGCGUCUGAGUAUCUACAGUGGCAUCUGAAAACCUACAAUUGGCGUCUGAGUUUCUACAAUGGCGUCUGAAAAGCCACAGAUGGCGUCCUAUUAUCUACAGCUCGGCGCCCGUAAAGCUACAUGCUACCCUAAAACCGACAUGUUGGCUCCUUUUCAUUUUACUCCUCUUAAAAGUAGAUUUCCUUCAAAGUUAUGGGCUGCCCAUUGGUUUUUACAGUGCUCGACCACCAGCACCAAAAAACUGAGGGUGAAGUGCAAAAAACUACCCCAACAUAAUGAGCAUCCAAUCCCGCUACUACCAGACACAUCAUCCGUUAGUGUGUCAGCUGGAUCAUCAUCCCUGUUCUGCAGUACCAGCGAUCAAGCGGCGAGGGUAAAAUUCACCCAGGAAGAGAAGGAGGCAGUCCAGAAGCUUUUCCAGAGCUGGAUAGAAAAGGGUGACAUGCCUCGCAUAGGCGUGGUGAGGGACAUAGUUAAACAAAAUAAAAAAGUAGCAUGUUGCCUCUCUAACCGAUCAUUUCUCCAAGUGAGGGACAGAGUCCGCAAUGCAAUAAAAGCUCAAACAAAAUCUACGUCUAUGUAG